AUGAUGUAUGAUAGAUCAUUAUUAAAAUUAUAUGCGGAAGCAUGUAAGGAAGCACAAAUUACUAAAGCAUGGAAAGUAGCUAAGAUGAUUAAGAAAGAAGAACUUCAUGCUGCAUUUAAGAUUGCGGAAAGAUUGGAAUAUUUGCAAUUUGCUCAAAGGAUUCAAAAUAAAAGAGAACAGUUGAUGGAAUCAAAUGCUGAAGAUGAUGAUGAGGAAGAUGAUCUUCGAAGAAGAUGA